AACUAUUAAUUGAUGUGUUGAAGCAUAUUCAUAUUCAUGGUUCCAAAAAGUCAAGGAUUAUUCCAUACACGAUACAAACAACAUCCCUAGCUACUUUUUCUUGUUCUUCUGUACGCGCGCGCGCGCGCGCACACACAUCAACAAAAGCACAGCUCCGGAGCUUUAUGAACAAGGAAUAGAUAAUCUUUCACAAUGGGCAUAAGGCGAUUUAGGCUUAAGUUGAACUGUGUGAGCAUCGCGCAAGUGUUUUCUGCGUCGUCGUUUCGAUCCAAAUCCUCCUCCACUUCUAUCAAAUACGGGGACGCGAGCGAGUUCCCAAGCAUUAGCCUGGAAGAUAGCUCUUGUGAAGAUAAUGGGAAUAAGAUAAUGGUGGUCGUCAAUUCCACCUUUGAAGCCAAAUGUGCUCUUGACUGGGCUCUCUCUCACGCCGUGCAGUCUCAGGACACUGUUCUUCUUGUUCACGUACUCAAGCCCUCCUCAUCACAGGGUACGGAGUGUGGUAAGGAGCUUAAUCCGAAGACGUAUCAACUCGUGCUGGAUAUGAAAAAUAUGUGCCAGAUGAAGAGACCAGGGGUGCAAGUGAAAGUGGUGAAGGUGGAAGGAGAGGAGCAGGGGAGAACAAUAGUGGAAGAGGCGAAGCAACAGAGUGUGUCGCUGCUGGUGAUAGGGCAGAGAAAGAGAUCUCUGUGGCGGGGCCUCGUGCGGAGGUUGUGGGCCGGCAACAACAAGAGAGCAGCCUCAAACGGAGUUGCGGACUAUUGCAUUCAGAAUGCUUCCUGCAUGACCAUCGCUGUCAGGAGGAAGAACAGGAAACUUGGAGGUUAUUUGAUCACUACUAAACGUCAUAAAAAAUUUUGGCUUUUGGCUUAAGCGUUGUUGUCCCUGGAAAAGCAAUUGCAACGUCCAUAAUGUUGCAGUUUAUUUCUCUAUUUGCAAUACACAGCCGUUUUUGUUCCUAUAUUAUUUGCAA